AUGAGCCCAAACUUGUCCCCUGGGUGCAGGGGCACCCUCCCCCCUCCCCCGGCUGGGCCCUGUGCUCUGCCGCACCUUUGGGACACAGCCCUGGUGGGGGGAGGUCCUGGGGGGCCGGGGGCUGGGUGGGUGGCGCAGCGCAGGCGGGGGCUCGGUCAGGACGCAGGCUCAUGGCAGGGCAGGGAGGUGCGAGGGCAGUGGGGUGCAGGAGGUGUCUGUACGUCUGUCUGCCCAUGUGUGUCUCCCCGCAGGCACGGGCAGCUCGGCCACGGGACCCUGGAGUCGGAGCUGCAGCCACGGCUGGUGGAGGCGCUGGCCGGCGUGCCGAUGCAGGCGGUGGCGGCUGGCGGGUGGCAUUCGGCCAGCAUUAGUGAGGCAGGAGACCUCUACUUGUGGGGCUGGAACGAGUCGGGGCAGCUGGCCCUGCCCUCCAAAGCGCUGGCAGAAGAGCGGGCACAGGAUGAGGACGCGGGUGCAGGGGACACUGAGCUGACGUCCCGCCAGGAGCAGCCGGCUGCCGAGGACGCCGCAUUCAUUUCCAUCCAGGCAUUCCCGGCGUUGCUGGAUCUGCCCCAGGACCUGGAGGUCAGCAAGGUCAGCUGCGGGUCCCGGCACACGGCCAUCGUCACACGAGGCGGCGAGCUCUAUACCUGGGGCUGGGGUAAAUACGGGCAGCUGGGACACGGGGACAACGCCAGCUCUGACCAGCCCCGCCGCGUCGAGCACCUGGUGGCCGAGGGCCAGCAGGCGGAGGAGGUGGUGUGUGGGCCCUGGACCACCUACGUCUGUGUGCUGGAGCCAUGAGGGCCCACAGCGGUGAGGAAGACGAGGCCAGCUCUGCUCCUGCCUGCCCCCAGGACCUGCCCCAGCCCCACUCUGCCCACCGAGGGGGAUCAGAGGAUCUGAGGGGGUUUAGCCCACAGUGAACUGAACUCAGCCCCUGGAGCUGGGCUGGAGCUAAGAGAGCCCAGGGGAGGACUCUGCCCCGUUAUUAUAUCUGCUUUUCUAAAACAGCCGUGGUGGUGCCUCAGGCUCUGUGCCCAGGACGUUCCCAGCUCCCCCCAGCCCCUCUGGAGUCAGUCCCGGCUUAAAGCCCUGCCUGAGCCCCCUC